AUGGCUAUUGCACUUCCAGAGUAUGAGAGUUGCCAGAAGCCAAGAACUGCCAAAGCUAGGGAUCUGCCAGAGACCGGGACCAGGCAGAAGCCUAGGACUGCCAAAGCCAGGGAUCUGCCAGAGACCGGAACCAGGCAGAAGCCUAGGACUGCCAAAGCCAGGGAUCUACCAGAGACCGGAACCAGGCAGAAGCCUAGGACUGCCAAAGCCAGGGAUCUGCCAGAGACCGGGACCAGGCAGAAGCCUAGGACUGCCAAAGCCAGGGAUCUACCAGAAACCGGGACCAGGCAGAAGCCUAGGGCUGCCAAAGCCAGGGAUCUGCUAGAGACCGGAACCAGGCAGAAGCCUAGGACUGACAAUAGCCGGGACUUGGGUUAG